AUGAAGGUAAACGUGCAUUUAAAGGAAAAAACCUUUUCAGUGAGUUGUGGAUCGGGUGAACAACGAGUGAUAUGGCUUGCCCAUGUUGCUCUUGCCCGAUACGACAAUAGUUUUGGAUUGGAAUUGGGAGUUCCGAAAGGUUUAAAAACUGAUGACGGAGAGACUCUCGACUCGGAAGCAAUUAUUCAUGAAGUGCUGGAAGAUGGACAACACGUUUGGGUGGUCCUUAAGGGUUUUGAAGUGAACCCAAUCAAGGUGGCAAACAAUUAA